UAUUCGAUCCGGUUCUGGCAUUUGGACGUCAAAAUAACAUAUAUUUUUAUCAGGUUCAUUUUGUGUCUGCCGAAAAGAUUAAUUUUAUUCCUCUGCAACAGAUUGAAUUAAAUUACACGAUACAAAAUUUUACUUGGCUUAAUUCGAGGACACUCGUAACUAUGGAUACUUUAGAACAUCUGCACGUAAUUGACGUUCGCUCUACGGAAGAAUUAGAGGUGACUGAUUUAGCCGAAGUACAACUCGUUUACGGAAGUAGCCACUAUAAAGGUUUAUUUACCGGAGGAAAUGUCAGCAAAGCAAUGACUGUAGCUGGUGAAAGGGCUUGUUAUCACUCAUUAGCUGCCUUUGGUUCUCAAAUAUUAUUAUUGGGAUUGAAAUCUGUUCAUGUUUUGACACUGAGGACAUGGAAUGAGAGAAUUGAUGUUUUGCUGAAGCAAAAACUCUACGCUGAAGCUUUGGCACUGGCUUUAUCUUUUUAUGAGGAGAGAGCAAAAGCAGUGGCAGGACUCCUAGGCAAAAAGCAUCAAAGACAAGAACAAGUGGCAAAUAAAAUUCUGGAAGUUCUCGGCAUCUAUGCAGAUCAAAUUAUGACCCAGUUAUGUCCCGAGCACGGAAAAAUAGAACUGUUGAUACAACAUUAUCAGAUGCACGUUCCCCUCUGUGUACAAUAUUGCAUUGCUAUAAAUCAAAGAGAAUUUCUCUUUGGAAAAAUAUUCGAAAGACUUAGCAUCGAUCCCGCCUGUCGGGGCAUUUUCUUAGAGAGUCUAGAAUCGUACAUUCUCGACGAAGUGAUAACGUAUCUUCCUCCGACCAUUGCGAAAGAAUUCGUCAAUCAUUAUUCGGAUAAACAACAGUUUAAUUCGUUGGAGGCCUGCCUCGUGCAUCUCGAUAUACUCUCUUUUGACAUUCACCAGGUGAUGAAGUUGUGCUGGGCACACGGUUUGUACGAUGGCAUCCUUUACAUAUAUAAUAAAGGAAUGGAAGAUUAUAUCACGCCUUUAGAAGAUCUGCUCGAAAUUCUUCGUCGGGCCGUAUCCAGUGGAAAACAACUGACGGAUGCGCAAAUUAUUCUCGGAAAUAAACUUCUGGUCUACAUUAGUUGCUGUUUGGCGGGAAGAUCUUAUCCCAAGGGUGACAUUCCGCAAGAGAAGGCCAAAUCUGUGAAAACCGAAGUUUUCGAAUGCGUCGUCUCUCUACACAGUAACAAACACGAUGAUGCGGUCUAUCCUUAUUUAAAAACUUUACUUCAUUUUGAUACAAGAGAAUUUCUCAAUGUUUUGGCUUUGGCAUUUGAGGAAGAAGAAUUCAUCUCCUGCGAAAGUAUUAACCAGCGCCAAAGAGUGGUAGACAUCCUCCUCCAAAUUAUGGUAGAAAGCGAAGGUUUUUCUCCAACACAAGUUGGAGCGUUGUUUACGUUUUUGGCGAGACAAAUGGCCAAACACGAAAAUAGCAUUAUCGUUAAUCGACUGCUGUUCGAACAGGUGAUCGAAUUUCUGACAAAUCCCAAAGACGACACCAGAGUGGAAGAGAGACAGCAGGCUCUGAUCGAGUUGCUUCAGGCGGGCGGUUUGGCAGAAAUCGACGAAGAUCGUUUACUUAAUCUUGCGGAGGGAGCCAAGUUUUAUCGUGUUUGUGAAUAUUUGUAUCAACAAAAACAGCAGUUUGAUAAGAUUUUAACUUGUUACUUACAAGAUCCUUCGAGAAAGCCUCAAGUUUUCUAUUACGCUUGGCAAAUCUUGGAAAGCCAACAGUAUACUUUGGAACAAAAGCAGUCUUUGGAAACUCAGAUUAUCGCCAGUAUCGAGGAGAUAAUCGACAUCGACAACAAGAAGAUAUCCGAGAUGCUGACCGAAUUUUUUCCCCACAGGUUGCACGAAAUUGUGGACAAAUUAGACGCACGACCGUUUAUAUUGUACCAAUUACUCCAAGGCUUAUUUAAUAAAAGAGAGAUGCUUCAGCAGAGUUCUCCGAGUCAGGGAAUCAAGGAUAAUUUCGAAGUAAAUCCCAACGUGCAAGAAAAGUACAUAGAGUUGAUGUGUCGGUAUAAUCCGGAGCAGGUCUACGGCUACGUCCGAAGUACCGAGGGAUACAGAUUAGAAGAAACGUUAGAAAUCUGCCGGAGGUAUAAAGUCAUGGACGCCACCGCCUACGUCCUGGAAAAAGCCGGAGACAUUCACGGAGCCUUCGACAUCAUGUUAGAGAGUCUGCGGAAACGCGUGGGAGAAGUGACGCGGGAGUUGGAAGAGAAGGGCGGCCUGAGCAAGUGCGUGACCUGGAGCAAGCUGAACACGGAGCUGUUGGUCAUCGUCCAGCUGUGCCAGAGAAAUUCCAGCCAGAUGGACCAAGAGGCCAGAGGAUCCCUGUGGUUCCCCCUGCUGGAGGCCGUGGUGGCCCCCCAGAGACACCGAGGAAAGGCCGACGCCGAAUUUUUACAAGCCCUGAAAGAACUGACCAAAGACCUGUUGAACAAUAUGAUGGGUUACGUCACACUCCCCGCCAUCCUACAGAGAAUCGUCCAGGACCCCGCCUACGCCACCGGCAAAUUCUGCGAGAUCCGGGAACUGAUCAUGGGAAUGUUCGACACCUACAACUACGAAAAGACCCUGCUGUCCACCGUCAACAACCUGCUGUACCACGAUCUGCACGCCCAGCUGUCGCAGCUGCGGCGGGUGGCCAACCGACGCUACUCCUCCCAUCCCAACGUCUGCAACCUGUGCAACAAGGACUACCUCUCCGCCUCCCGUCGACGGGAAGUGCUGCUCUUCAAGUGCGGCCAUUCCUUCCACCUGGAGUGUCUGGACAACGCCCACUCGGUGCGGGUGGACGAGGAGGGAGCGCAGACUUGGUGCUGCCACCGGUGUUCGCGCGACAAGUCGGGCAAGAAGUCGUCGGGCGGCGUCAGGAUCGUGGAGAAGAGCGCGGCUCCCGCCCGACACAAGGGUCCGGCCGAGGCCGGCAAGGUCAAGGCGGGAAAGAGCAAGGUGACGCUGGAUCCCUGGCAACUGGCGGCGCUGCAGAAUCUGAAGAGAUACAGGACGUCCAGCAACGAGGCGCUGUUCCGGGAGAGAGGCCGCGCCGCUUCCGGUCGUCGGCCGGACUCCCGCGGUCCCCAUCUGCCGAGGUUGUGGCCCGCCGCCGACGACGACUUCCGCUCCGAAUUCUGAAGGGAAACGGAAAGUGCCGGACGGAAACGGCUCUUCUCCGCCGCCCCCCACCGGGCCCGGAGCGGAAAGAAAAAGUUUCCGGCGGUCCCCCACCCGCCACCGAUUUUGUAAUUUACUAUUUAAAGAAUUGCCAAUAAA